AUGUCCUCAGCUCCUCCCUCUGAACCUCCAUCGGACCCUCCUGCAGGCAACAACGUACAGAAGCCGGAUGCACCACAGCAGCCAGAAGCUUCCCCUUCGCCAGGCCAGGAUGGCGUUGAAAUGGACACAACGCCAGAUCAACCCGCAGAAGAGACUUGGGAUGACAUUCCAGAGGAGAUAAAGGCUUUGACAACGGAGGAGAUUUUGACAAGAAUACGGCUGAUUGAUAAUGAUAUCAAGGUCAUGAAGUCGGACACGCUACGAUUACAACAUGAGCAAAACGUAAUGAAGGAGAAGAUACGUGACAAUGGGGAGAAAAUUAAGCAAAAUAAAGUCUUGCCGUAUCUCGUUGGAAAUGUGGUAGAGGUCUUGGACGUUGAUCCUGAAUCAGAGGAAGACGGGGCAAACCGUGACUUGGACUCAAUGCGCAAGGGCAAAUGUGCCGUCGUGAAGACAUCCACUCGACAAACUGUUUUCCUCCCUCUUAUUGGUCUCGUACCUGCCGACCAGUUGAGACCUUCCGACCUUGUCGGUGUUAACAAAGACUCUUAUCUGAUCCUCGACAAACUUCCGACUGAAUAUGAUUCACGCGUCAAGGCAAUGGAGGUUGAUGAACGUCCAACAGAAACCUACACUGAUAUUGGUGGCUUGGAGAAGCAAAUUGAAGAGCUGGUCGAAGCUAUCGUUCUGCCGAUGGAGCAGGCAGACAAGUUCAAGACCUUGGGCAUAAAACCACCGAAAGGUUGUUUGAUGUACGGGCCACCAGGUACUGGGAAAACUCUUCUUGCCCGUGCGUGUGCAGCGCAAACAAAGGCUUGCUAUCUCAAGCUUGCCGGUCCUUCACUCGUCCAGAUGUUCAUUGGUGAUGGUGCUAAGCUUGUUCGCGACGCGUUCGAACUUGCCAAAGAGAAGGCACCUGCAAUCAUCUUCAUUGAUGAAUUGGACGCUAUUGGAACAAAGCGUUUCGACUCAGAAAAGAGUGGUGAUCGUGAAGUACAGCGAACGAUGUUAGAAUUGUUGAACCAGCUUGAUGGUUUCUCGAGCGACCAGCGAAUCAAGGUCAUCGCAGCGACAAAUCGGAUCGACAUCCUUGACCCCGCCCUUCUCCGUUCAGGUCGUUUGGAUCGUAAAAUCGAAUUCCCAUUACCAAACGAGACUGCUCGCGCCCGUAUCCUAGAAAUCCACUCACGGAAGAUGACUGUCAGCCAAGACGUGAACUUUGAGGAGUUGGCGCGUAGCACGGACGAAUUUAAUGGCGCUCAGUUGAAGGCGACUUGUGUGGAGGCUGGUAUGAUCGCCCUGCGCGAGGGUGCUACCAAGCUUGGGCACGAACAUUUCCUAAGCGGGAUCGCUGAGGUCCAAAGCAAGAAGAAGAACAAUUUGAUGUACUUCGCAUAG